CCUCCUCUUCUUCAUCCUUAAAAAAGCGAGGCUGCAGCUACAUGACUGUGAGACUCCUUUAUUUGGGUGCAGAGGAAGCGCAUGUCAGAGCAGAUCUGAGGAAAAAAAAACUCACAAGCCGUUCCAGCAUGAUGGGAAGAACCACUUUGGUCAUCAGCCUCAUCGUAGCAGCAUUGCUCUCUGCCAUCGCUGCUCAGAGAACAGCUUGCAAGACUGGCGAUAUUGUCUUCCUACUUGAUCGGUCUAGCAGCAUCGACCAAGACAAACACAAUAUCAUGAAGAACUUUACGACAACAUUAGUCGACAGCUUUGAAGUCGGUGAAAAGUUGGUGCGUAUUGGACUUUGCCAGUUCAGUGACAACCCUAAGGAUGAGUUUUACCUCAACAAGUACUACAAUAAGGAGGAUUUGAACACACAAAUCCUUAAGGUGGAUUACACAGGUGGAAACUCCUACUUAGGGAGAGCCUUGGAUCACGUUAAGGAUUACUUUGAGGAGUCACGGGGCAGCCGUGACCAGGUCCCCAAAAAUCUGGUGGUGAUCACAGAUGGUGAUUCUCAUGAUGACGUGGAGGACGCAGCUGACGUUCUCAGGGAUCGGAAAAUUAAGGUAUUUGCCAUCGGUGUUGGAGACGUCCACGACCUGCAGCUCCUGCAGACUGUUGGCACCCCAGAGAGGAUGUUCACUGUGCGGAACUAUGAUGUUUUGCACUCUAUCAAGCAAAAGGUGGUCGACGCCAUGUGCGAUAACCCAAACAGUCCCCCACCCCCACCGGCCACAGACUCCCCAUGACCCCCAAAAUCCCCCUCCCCGCCAAAAGAUUUGAUAUUUCUUGAAGGACCAGACCUCCUGGUGAGGUGCUGAUCAGUGGCCUGUAGAGGAAAGUUUUUAUCUGUCAUACUGAUGUGUGGUUUUUCUUUCAUAUAUUAUCCAUUACUGCAUGUUUUUUUUUUAUAUUUUCAUGACUUUAUAUGUAUUUACUUUCAUACUAUACGAUAUUUACUCUGUCAUCUAUAUUAUAUUAUAAUAUAUCAGUUAUAGGGAUCUAUAAGUGCUCUAUUAUCUUAAAAGGAAAUCAUGGUUUCUUUGCCUCUGUAGCACUGAAGCUGCACUGUCCCCUCCCUCUCGUGUAGCCAAUGUACUUGGCAGUACCUGGCAAAGGGCCAAUACCCUGAAGCAGCUCAGACUCAGCAGUAAAAUAAGCAGAAUCAGCAAGUGUACCGAAUUGCUGAGUCGACAAGAAUACAGUCCCUCCCUCUGCAUGCUCACCCAUAAAAACGCUGAGUUUUCUUUGUCUCACUGACACACUUUCUCAGACUGCCUGUCACUCUGUUAAACUGUCUCCUUCUACUUGCAAGAAUAAUAAAGAAAAUAACGUGGAUAA